UUGACAUGGGAGCUGGUUCAGCAGCUGUGAAGCGAUUAAAUACUGAAAGCAGAGAGAAAAUUGAUAAGCAGAUUCAGUUUGUCAAGGAGUUUUAUAGCCCUAGCAAGGGUAAGGCAAAAGUUUGUGAUAGUGGACCUAUGAUUGGUGACAAGUCUAGCUCUGACAGUGAGUACUUGCCUGGAGAUAGCUGCACAUCAGGUGAGGAUGAUGAGGCCAAAGAGAUUCUCAGGAAUUUUAAGGUGUUCAAGAAGAAGGUUAGAUCAGGUAGAGCUGCAGAGUUAGAUGAUGUGUUUGUUGAUGGACCCAAGACUCAAGUUGGUGACUGCAGUGUGAUAGAAGAUGAUGGUCAUGCCACUCCUUAUGCUGAUAGUAGUGAUGAUGAGAAUGAGUCAUUUGAUGAUGAGGGGGAAAGAAGAGCUAGCCAGUACCAAAGGUUUAGCAAAAAGGAUGCAGUACCUAAAUUUGCUUUGGGGAUGAAGUUCAAUGGCAAGAAACAAUUCAAGAAAGCCAUAAUCAAAUAUGGGUUAGCUGAGAGAAAGGUGAUUAAGUUUGUCAAAGAUGAAGGUGACAGGGUUAGGGUAAAGUGUGAUUGGCCCACAUGCAGUUGGCAUUGUUUGUUGUCAACACACUCAAACACUAAUAGCUGGCAGAUAGCAACCUUAAAAAAUGAGCACAUCUGCCCACCUAGAAGGGACAACCGUCUGGUAACUGCAAGAAGAAUAGCAGAAAAGUAUGAGAAGAUGAUCAUGGCUAACCCAAGUUGGAGGCUUGAUAGUAUGAAGAGUACUGUGCAGGAAGAAAUGUUUGCAGAUGUGACUAUACCAAAAUUGAAGAGGGCCAAAGGAAUGGUUAUGCAGAAGUUGUUCGAUGCCACAAAGGGGCAAUAUCAGAGGUUGUUUGACUACCAACUUGAGCUGCUUAGGAGUAACCCGGGGAGCACAGUUAUAGUUCAGUUAACUGAUGAAAAUUGUUUAUUUACUUAACAAUUUAUUUCACUUAACAUUUUAUUUCAGCCAGUUUACUUAAAAAUUGUUGCCUUGCAUCAGAAGGCAAAGGUAGAUGUUACUAAGACAUCAGCCAUGGCCAAGGUGUCCACAGCAAGAGGUG